AUGCAAAAUUGUAAGCUUUCGAAUGUUCCCAUGUCGAGCGGCUUUCUACAGCAAAAGGAGGAGGAUAGUGAGAGACUUCAAACUACUCAGCAGUACCAAAGUAUCAUCGGAGCUUUGCUGUAUUUAGCCGUCAAUACACGCCCGGAUAUAUCUAUUGCGACAUCUAUACUCGGACGGCGUGUUACCAAAGCAACCAAGGCUGAUUGGACCGAAUGCAAGAAGGUUUUACGUUAUCUCAGAGGCACGGUGGAUUACGAAUUGCAUUUGGGAAGUGGCAAGCGACUACAACUAGAAUGUUUCGUGGAUGCUGAUUGGACCGGAGCAGUUACAGAUCGAAAAUAUAAUACUGGUUUUAUGUUGAAGCUAGAUGGUGGAUUGAUAACAUGGACUUGUAGGAAACAAACUUCAGUAGCACUUUCCAGUUGUGAAGCUGAAUAUGUUGCGUUGGCUGAAUGUCUCCAGGAACACCAGUGUUAUGGAAACUGUUUACUGAUCUUGGCGUAUCGUUAA